AUGCAGCGACCCCUCGCGUAUCUCUCGCGAUUCGGAAGAAACGGCCUCACAGCUCGAGCCUACACUGCAGUCCCUUUCCCUUGCAAGCAAUUGAAGGCUGUGAACAACUUAAGUUCAAAGCGAUCCUACCACUGGGGCCGUCAGUCACCCAAAUCAUCCGCCCUAUCUCAAACGCCAUGGCGAAAGCUUUCCUUACGACAGCCCAUUCGAUCCGUGUCGGGCAAACCUCUACCUCAACAACGCUCGUGGAUCCAUAAUUUCGGAUACCGCUCUGCAGCAUGGCUUGGAGGUUCAAUCCUCACCCUGGGUGCUGGUGUCGUAGUCUUCUUCCUCUACGAUGCAAGCACCUACAGAGAAGACCUCAGUUAUCGGGAUAUACAUGUCUCAGAAAUAGCCUUGAGCCCAAGACUUGGUGGGCCAAAGAAUCUACCAAUUGCAGAGGUGCAAAUCGACGAUGACGAUUGCGCCGAGAUGCAGAGGCAGAAGGAUAAGCCCAAGUUGGUGAUUCUUGGAGGUGGGUGGGGAAGCGUUGCGCUGCUCAAGACGUUGAACCCAGAUGAGUAUCACAUUACAUUGGUCUCGCCAACCAAUUACUUCCUCUUCACCCCAAUGCUGCCCUCUGCCACGGUUGGCACUUUGGAGUUCCGGUCGUUGGUAGAACCCAUCCGGCGUAUAGUAUCAGGGGUUAGGGGUCAUUUCAUGAGGGCGUCCGCAGAGAAUAUCGAAUUCUCCCACAAAUUGGUUGAAAUCUCACAGCUGGAUGCAAACGGCAAGGAAGUUCGCUUCUAUCUUCCAUAUGACAAGCUUGUCAUUGGUGUCGGAUCAACGACCAAUCCACAUGGAGUGAAAGGUUUGGAGAAUUGCCAUUUCCUAAAGGAUAUCGAGGACGCACAGAAAAUCCGGAAUCACAUUUUGACGAAUCUGGAAUAUGCUUGCCUGCCUACCACCCCGGAUGCAGAGCGAAGGCGCCUUCUCUCUUUCGUUGUCAGUGGGGGCGGGCCUACUGGUGUUGAGUUUGCCGCUGAGCUCUUCGAUCUCCUGAAUGAGGACAUUACCGCCCACUUCCCCAAGAUCCUAAGGAAUGAAAUAUCUGUGCAUUUGAUUCAGAGCAGGGGACAUAUUCUAAACACAUACGAUGAGGCGGUCUCUAAAUAUGCCGAAGAUCGUUUCUCGCGAGACCAGGUCGAAGUCCUCACUAAUUCUAGAGUCCAGGAGGUCCAAUCAGACAAGAUCAUCUUUACCCAAAAGGACGAGAAUGGGACGCCAAUAACAAAGGAGAUCCCCAUGGGAUUUUGUCUUUGGUCCACAGGUGUCUCACAAACAGCAUUUUGCCAAAAGAUCUCGGCAGCGUUAGGUUCCGCCCAGACAAACCGGCAUGCUCUGGAGACAGACACACAUUUACGUCUGAAUGGAACACCUUUGGGAGAUGUGUACGCCAUUGGCGAUUGUUCUACAGUCCAGAACAACGUUGCAGAUCACCUCGUGACCUUUGUUCGUAAUCUGGCGUGGGAGCAAGGCAAGGACCUGGAGACGAUGCAGAUCACUUUCAGCGAAUGGCGUGAAGUGGCACAAAAAGUGAGGAGACGCUUUCCACAAGCCGCAGAUCAUCUCAAACGUCUUGACAAGCUCUUUGAAGCUUACGACGUUGACCAAUCCGGAACCCUCGAUUUCGGCGAGCUCAGAGAACUUUUGAUGCAAAUCGACAGCAAGCUUACUUCGCUGCCUGCUACAGCUCAACGUGCUCACCAACAGGGUCAAUACCUAGGCCACAAAUUCAACAAGUUGUCAAGAGCGGCGCCAGGCUUGAAAAUGAAUGAUGUUCGGGAUGGCGAUGUGGACGAAGCUGUGUACAAGGCAUUCGAAUACCGUCACUUGGGCAGUCUAGCCUACAUUGGAAACUCGGCGGUUUUCGAUCUCGGUGGUGGAUGGAACCUUACUGGUGGGCUGUGGGCUGUUUACGCGUGGCGAAGUGUGUAUUUUGCGCAGAGCGUGAGCCUUAGGACGAGAUGCUUGCUGGCUAUGGAUUGGGCCAAGAGGACACUUUUUGGAAGAGUGCAUUGGAUGAUGUAUGGAUAUGGAGACAAGCUAAAAAUUUCGCGUGUAGAUCUUAUGAAUUGGUAG